CCCAACAUUCGCCAUCUCUCAUAUUCGUUUCACUUGCUGAUCCUUCUGACAUGCACCGUUGUGAAGUGCUUCCAUGCCACUGCUUCUGGCCGUGCGGCCUUUUCCAUCAUAUUAUUGAGAAUCCUCCUUGUCUCGUCUCCUGCAGUGCGACACGUCUAUCCACCAGCUUGGCCUCUCGUCCUGAUCCACGGCCCUCCAGGUAAAAGGUUGGCGAGGCCAGUGCAAGACCUGCAUACCCAUGCCCGCCCGCACUUAGUGUCGUCUCCCAUUUCCUUAGCCGCAGCACUGGUCUCCAAGGCCUGGAGUCUGUUCUUGACGCUGGAUCCUUGCGCCACCUGCUGCCCACUUUUCUGCAUUUCAGAGUUGCACACCCUGGUCAACUCUCUCUUCGCCUCUGUGCUCGAGCCGCGCCCUCCAGAAUCCACUCAUUCGCACUCCCUUGCCCACUUGAUCUUCGCAGCCUGUCUCUCGCCCACUCUUCUCCCACCGCAGAUCCGAGCUUCCUGCUUUUGGUCACUCCAGACUCAACGCCUUUGGUUCCCUCGCCUGAUUUUCCCUGUCCACUAAUCCACCAUCCACCAAAACCCAUCCCUUCUUCGACACCCAUCCACCCUUCUAUCCCUUCAUCCUCUCCUCAUCCUCUAGGCCACCGCCAGCCUGUAUCGAUUUGAUAUCAACAGAAUAGGAGGAUAGGCUUUGACAUCGAUAUUCUUGGGCCUUACGAAUUUUUCAUCUGGGACGGGCACCGAACGAGACAUCGCCGCUCCGUUUGCCAGGGAACACCAAGGCCCCUUCCAACAAAGAAAGAGGAAGAAAAAUCUACCAUUGUUGAUUUCAUCCCUCUUUCUAGCAUUCUACAGACGACUCCAGUCCUGUCAAACAUCAUCAUUGCACCAGUCCGAGUUCUCUCGCCGUACGGUUGACCCCUGGUCCCGUGGCUUGAAUCUCCUCUCGUCGCUGGAGUAGCACUUGCACCUUACAAACACUGCCUGCACCUUCCCCCAGGCGUGACAGAAGCACUGAUCACGACGCUUCACGCCCUAACCCACGACGCAACGACCAGGUCUUCCGGUUUUCUGUGCUUGGGUUCUGCAUUUGCAUCUCAUAAUUCCUAACCCUCAAAUCCUUAGCAUCCUCUCUCCGCAUUCUUCUUCAGCCCUCCUCGGGCUGCUCUUGAUGAGCCUCGACGCGCGCUAUCUUUCGCAGCUCCCGGGUUUGGGUCCAUCCACCUGAAAACCGAUCGAAUGCCUUACACACCCCCCGCCCAGUUAUCUCCUGCAGCUUCGAAACAGUCCAGUCCUACAGUGAGCAGGUCUCACUCAUAUAUCAAGGGACAGUUCUUGUCUCCGGAGCUGCCGAGCUCGGCCGGUCGGCCGAACCCACCUCGAUCCAAUGGCUCAUCCUCAUAUCUCACAAAGCACCGACGAAGUCCAUCAUUAAACGACGUCAGGAACGAAGUGCUCCACAAUGGCGAGGCAUAUGAUGAGAACGGAAGCUUUGAUCCUCACGGUAGCCUCCGCAAGUCGCCUCCGCCUGUGACCAAUUCGUUGAUUCCUGCAGGAAUGACCAUCUCCCCUCCCGACUCCUCCCACAACUCCAGCGACGACGAAGACGCCCCAGACAGAGGACGAUCCCGUGAUUUUGAACUUGGAGCAGACCUGAAAGAGUUGCAAGCAGCCAUCAGGUCCAUAGAACAAAGAAAAGAAGGCUCGCCCAAUCGACACAAUGACCUGAAGAAUACAGACAUUGAUCUGCAAGCCAAUGGGACUUCCCAGCAACCGAAACCAGAGAUCGUGCGGCCGCCGUUGUCUUACGAGGCUCGCAAGAUUUCGCAUUCCAGAUCCAACACAGAUUCCAGCAUUGUUUUCGAGCCACCAAAAAUACACACACCCCCUGUCCGCUUCCAAGCUGACAGUGAUUCCAGCGAUGAGGACGGCGCUCUUACACGUCGUCCUCCAAUGGUCAGAAAGAAGUCUGGCGAACUGGUUCGUCCUGCACUUCGACCUUCUGCUCACCGUCGACCCUCCAGCAUGCCUGGCACCCCCACGUACUCCAAAGCCGUCCAUUUUGAUUCACACCUUGAGCACGUCAGACACUUUCUGCAGGUCGACAGACCACUCGCAGUCAGUGCCGGCUCUUCUCCUGUAGAGAACUACGAAAGCGAGAGUGAAUUCCCUUUCGGAUCUGAUGAAUCAACUGCUCGCCCUCGUGCGGUUCAGUACGAAUGGGAAUUGCGUCUUGCAAACUUCCCGCCAGAGUCUGAAUCAAGAAAGACACAACCCGUCUUUGUCGAAAGGGUCUUCCUCUCUUCUGAUGGCAAGAACUUGAUCGGCACGGUCGCUGUCCAAAACAUCUCUUUCCAGAAGCAAGUUGUCGCUCGGUUCACACUUGACUAUUGGAAAACCACAUCAGAAGUGUCGGCGGAUUACAAUCAAGAUAUCCGACGAAAGAACCAACACGAUGGUCUUGACCGAUUCAACUUCAGUAUAAGGUUGGCCGAUCAAGCCAACCUCGAGAACAAAACACUCUUCUUCUGCGUUAGAUACAACACCAAUGCUCAAGAGUUCUGGGAUAACAAUGGGUCUUUUAACUACCAAGUGGAUUUUAGCAAGAAGGCAAAGCCUCAACAUGGGAAGAACGGCAUGCCUGGACUCGGGGCUCGGCCACUCAGUGCCCUACCUCGCAGUCGCCCAUCUCCACCUACCUCGACUGGUGGCAGACCAAAAACCAUGCCAACCUCGUUCGACGACUUCUCGACUGGCUUUGAUAGCUUUGGCAGCUUCGGCCAAUCAGCGGGUUCCCUUAUGGGCGAGCCUAAGCUGAAGCUGAGGAGUCCUCGCUCAAAGGCAGAGCUACUGCCCGAUGCCCCACACCGUCGUCUGAAGUCUGGCUCGCAGGCCUUCGGCAACCGGUAUGACUUUAACUCGUCGCUCUCGGCGGCCAAAAGCAAUGCGAUGGCUGUGUUGGGCGAUGAUAGCGGCUUGUCUUUGAGGAAGGAUGCAAAGCAGUCUUCCCGCGAAGUUCCUGCGACCACUCCCACCAAGAGCAACACCAGCACAUCUCAUAACUUUAAUGUUGGCGCCAGUGGUGCCACAGGCGGAGUUUCAUUCUCAACUCCUGGUCUGACACCACUGGGUUCGAAGCCUGCUGCUUUGAUGUCAGAAAAACCACCACUCACCUCCGAAUCAUAUCAGGAACUAGUGGACAAGUACUGCUUUGUAGGUGCCCGAGGAAAGAGCGAGGAGUUGACGACUUUGAAGUGCUAAUUGUUGUCGCAGUUUGGGACUUCGCGGCAGAAUGCACCCCUGACAAAAUCUGCAUUGACCAUGUAUGAUGGUGCUGGGGACGACACAUCUGCUUCGGAUUUGAGUACAGGCGGAAGCGCCCAUUCCACGAAUUCGUCGGGGUCGUCGACACCAACACCACCACGAAGUAUGUCGCCUGCGUUUGGCCAUCACGCAGCUCGGGCCUCAUCUCCACUUCCUCCAGCAGGCUCUUAUUUUACCGCGAAAUCUCCUUCGCCAGUAACUUUCGGAUAUCCUUAUCACUCACCUUCAGUGAUGUCCGAGACGCUGACACCGACUGCAAUUCGAGGAUGAAAAUCCUCUGGUGAGAAGCCAUUCUCUCACCUGGUCUUUUUGGCCUUUUCAGGCCUCAUGCACAUAUUGCGCGCACCUAUGAUGGUUCGGCUUUGGUCCACCAUUCACCAUUCGUCAUCGGUGCCAGUCCAUUACACUUCCAAAAGCAAGCACAUUAUCAAUGUGUUGCGAGAGUUUUAUCGACGGCAUUUGCUUAUGCAGGCGGCUUUGGCUUGUUUCGUCUGCUGUUGUUUUAGCGCACCCACAUUGGGUUUCCAGUUUUCACCACAGUUUUGGGAUGGGGGGCUCUGGUCUUCCCCAAGCGGCGAAUUUGGGGGAGGGGCCGGAAUAUUAUUGUUAAUAGACAUAGCUCUCCGAUUUUUGCGUGAGAUUCACGGUGGGGAUAUGUCACUCUCGACUCCGCGGAUUGGUUGACGAUGGACUGAAACGUGAAUGGAUGAUCCAUCGUGGACGUGGAUAUUGGAGGAGUGUUUGUGAAAAAGUUCUCCUGGGAUUUGGGUUGUUGUUUUUGAGAGCACCAUGAUCAACGAGGGGGGCAAUUAUGACUGAAUCGGCCGAGGAUCAUCGAUCGACUCAACGUCUUUGGGCUUCGAAUGAAUGACCAGCCGAACGCUCAUGAUUUGACCUUUUAUGUGUCGAUGAGCGGAUGCCAAUGCUCCUUGGGUUGGGUAUAUGGUUGCGAUCAUCAGGAGUUGCUGGACUUCUGGGUAUCAAUCAGGGUUGGAUGGAAGUUUGUGGGGGGUGCGAUACGAGACCUAGAAUUAGCAAUGAGAGAACAUUUCAUUCCAA